AUGCCCUCCACAGUGAUCUUCAAGGUCAUCUUUUGUCUGGAGUCACUGGUUGCGAUGCUGCAGAAUGGCUUCUUGACCAUCGUGCUGGUCAGGGAGUGGGUGAGCUCGACCCCGCUGGUAGCCGACAGGAUUGUGGCCUGUCUUGCCUUGUCUCGCUUCUUUCUGCAUGGAGCAGCCAUGCUGAGCGACUUGUUGGCCUUCUCUGGUUUUUGUUACCAAGCAAACUUGGUUGGCGCCUUGUGGGACUUCAUCAACACUUUCCUUUUAUGGCUGACCGCCUGGCUUGCCCUCUUCUACUGUGUGAAGAUCUCCUCCUUCUCCCACCCCAUCUUUCUGCGGCUGAAGUGGAGGAUUUCUCGACUAGUGCCCCGGCUAGUGUUGGGUUCUCUGAUCCUCAGUAGUAUCUCAGCCAUCCAAACAGUCACUGGGAAUGUAAUGGCGGCUCAGUUAUCCGGGGGAAACUGCACUACUUUUAAGUCACUGGACUUCUGGUAUUAUUAUCUCACGCACGGAGUGUUUAUGUGGCUCCUUCCUUUUCUGCUGUUCCUGCUGUCCACCCUUCUGCUCGUGUUCUCCCUGUACCGGCAUGUGGGGCACAUGAGGGGCCACAGGUUGGGGCGUGGCAAUCCCAGCCUCCAGGUUCACAGGGCAGCUCUGAAGACACUGGCCUUCUUCCUUCUCUUCAAUACAUUGUAUUUCCUGGCCUUGAUCAGUUUUGCUAUGGAGAACAUAUCCUCCCAGAGUCACUGGUACUGGGCCAAGGAAGUGAUCAUCUACUCCGGCAUCUCCCUGCACUCCCUCAUCCUGGUAGUAAGCAGCCCUAAGCUGAGAAAGGCCCUCAAACUGAAGUGUUAG